ACCCUUUUUACCCUACACCCGGUUUUUAAAAACCCCCCCCCCCCCUGCUUUAGCUUCUUCGCGCCGCCUCUGGCUAUAGCUGUCUUUUCACAACGAUUCUGUUAAACCUUUACUAUCGACUAUUACUCUAGGAUAAUGUUAUCAUACAAAAUAAUAAAGUAGCUCUAAGUCGGAUAGUUUUUCAGAGCGUCAUUCGUUUAAAUUGCGUGUAUUUCCGCGUUAAAAAUAAAGCCAUAUUGAAGCGAUAUGUAACCCAAGGGGUAUUCUCGUUUCGUCGACACAUCUGCCGCUUCAAAGAAUAUACUUCAAAGAACAUCUAAGGCGGGAGGGGCGUUGUAAAAGUGAGUUGUCAACGAAACAAGAAUAGAUCGUAACCCAAUUAAUGAAUGAAACUCCUAGAUCAUAGAGAUUGCGACGACUACUUGUGCGCUUAGGCAUAGCCUUUCUAUAUGAUUAGGUUGAGUAGAACUUAAGCAUUCUUUUCAUCGCAUUCAAAUUGCCUUUUUAUUUAGUAUCAAAAUCUAAAAGAAACGGAAAAAGUUCUCAAUGCAAAAAUAACAAAUAUCAAUGAUGAACUGAAAAGUAAUCAAAUUUCAAAAGAACAAAAGGAUGCAUUACAGAAAGAAAAAUGUACAAUCGAAACAGAAUUAGAAACGAUUUUAAAAGAAAUGGACGAGAAUUUAGACAAGCAAACAAAGGCGAUGGAUAUGGAACCACCCGACCCGGAAAACUAUGACGCAACUUUCGAAUGA